AUGCAAUGCGUCAUAACGCCUGAAAUCAUCAAGGACCGAGCCCAUCUAGGACCGAGCCCGUCAAGGACCGAGCCCGUCAAGGACCGAGCCCGUCAAGGACCGAGCCCAUCAAGGACCGAGCCCGUCAAGGACCGAGCCUGUCAAGGACCGAGCCCAUCAAGGGCCGAGCCCGAUCCUGGCCCGAGCCCGUCAAGGACCGAGCCUGUCAAGGACCGAGCCCAUCAAGGACCGAGCCUGUCAAGGACCGAGCCCAUCAAGGACCGAGCCCGAUCCUGGCCUGAGCCUGGCCCGAUCCUGUCAUCACAGACCAACAUCACAGACAGUGUCCGUAGUCGCUGCGUCUUCAAGCUUCUGGAAUUUCAGAUACAUUUCACCGAACCUCUUUCUGGGUGGACCAGGACUUUAAAAACACAGGCUUCCUUUGAAAAGCCUGAGGAGAACUCAGCUGCUGCUCUGCCCGGUACGUUGUCACUACCUGAUGUGAGUCGAGUGCAGAUGUUGCGGAAUUCCCGCUAUCACUCCCGUCAUCAACGGAUACCCUCGUAUCAUCAACGGUCUGGCCCUGGCAGGUGUCCCUGCAGGACGUCCGACCUCGUGGUCCUUGGAGAGCAUGACCGCUACUCCGACAAUCCGGACAUCCAGAUCAUGGAGGUUUUCAAGCACCCCAACUUUAGCAUCGUCACCGUCAACAACGACAUCCAGCUGGUGUCGCUGGCCAGCCCCGCAAAGAUGAACAUGCAUGUUUCCCCCGUGUGCGUGGCCGAUACCGGAGACAACUUCCCCAGAGGCAUGAAGUGCGUGACCACUGGCUGGAGUAGAACCCACUAUGACCCCCCCUACACCCCCGCCCGUCUGCAGCAGGUCGCCCUCCCCUUGCUGAUCAAUGAGCAGUGCCGCAGUUACUAUCAGAAGAAGGUCACCGAUCUGAUGAUCUGCGCUGGAGCGUCCGGAGCUUCUGUCUGCAAGGGCGACUCCGGAGGUCCUCUGGUCUGCCAGAAGGCCGGUGCCUGGACUCUGGUCGGCAUGGCGUCUUGGUUUCUUGGUCCCUGCCGUCCCACAAAUCCCGGCGUGUAUGCUCGCGUUACCGAGCUCCGCGCCUGGAUGGACCAGACCAUCGCCGCCAACUGAGCACCGAUGGACCAGACCAUCGCCGCCAACUGAGCAU